AUGUUUAAACCCUUUUGUACAAGACGACCAUUGUUAUCCUAUCAACGGCUCUUUUCGACCAGUUUACAAUGUAAAAAGGCCGAAAGACAAGCCAUUUUAGUAAAGACACCAAAAGGAACACGAGACUAUGACGACAAAGAGAUGGUCAUACGACAAGAUCUUUUCAAAUCCAUCACAAAGGUCUUUCAACGACAUGGUGCUGUGACGAUCGAUACACCCGUUUUUGAAUUAACCGAGAUCCUCUCUGGAAAAUAUGGAGAAGAGAGCAAACUGAUUUACAAUCUAGCUGAUCAAGGUGGAGAACAAUGUUCGUUGAGAUAUGAUCUGACUGUACCUUUUGCCAGGCACCUGGCCAUGCAAGGCGGAAAAGAAGCUCAGAUGAAACGAUACCAGAUCGCCAAAGUGUAUAGACGCGAUCAACCCAUCAUGACCAAGGGCCGACUACGUGAGUUUGUUCAAUGUGAUUUCGAUAUUGCUGGUCAGUAUGAUCCCAUGAUCCCGGAUGCAGAGGUUCUAAAGAUUGUGAGCGACGCUUUGGAUACGGUCAAGGUGCCAUUUUAUAUCAAGCUGAAUCACCGACAGCUUCUGGACGGUCUUUUUCAGGUCUGCGGAGUGCCACAGGAUCAGGUACGCUCCAUUUCAGCAGCGAUUGACAAGUUGGACAAGAUGCCAUGGGAAGACGUGAAGAAGGAGAUGGUGAAAGAAAGAGGGCUGAGUGAACAGAUUGCUGAUCGUAUAGGAAAGUACGUGCUGCAGCAAGACAGUAACAUUCUCGAUAUAUUGGAAAAAGAUGAGGUGUUGAUGCAGAAUGAGGAUGCUCGCAAAGGCAUUGCUGAUAUCAAACUAUUGCUUGAUUAUCUGGAUAUAUUUCAAGUCAAGGAUCGUAUCCGGAUUGACCUUAGUCUAGCCAGAGGUCUGGACUACUACACCGGCAUCAUCUAUGAAGCGAUACAGACAGAAGUAGAAGGCUUGGGCUCUAUUGCUGCGGGUGGUCGUUAUGAUAACUUGGUUGGUAUGUUUGCUGGAACUAAUAAGCGUGGGCAGCCCAAGACAAUACCAUGCGUUGGUGCUUCUAUUGGUGUCGAACGCUUGUUUUCGUUGCUUAUGGCGCGUCAGGAUAUAGACAAAGUCAAGAGUAAUGCUACUCAGGUCUAUGUGAUCUCUGUUGGUGAUGGACUACUCAGGGAACGUAUGCAGCUUGUACGCGAAUUAUGGGAUGCAGGUAUCAAGGCGAGUUUUAUGUUUAAGAAUAAGCCCAAGCUGGAAAAGCAGUGGAAUGUAUGUGAAAAAGAACAGAUACCCUUUGCUAUCAUCAUUGGUAAAGAUGAGUUGGAUAAUGGACAAGUGAGAAUCAAAGAUAUGAGAACAAAAUCAAAUCAAGGUGGAGGCAUCACAGUGGCAAGAAAGGAAAUGAUUGAUGUAUUAAAAGAUAAAUUGAAUUAG